GAGUGAGAAACGUCGUACGUUCGCGUAGAAGAAAAUUCAGUUUUUCGACGUAAUUUAGCACCUUUUUCCUAGCCGUCGGUAUUGCCAAGCGUUUCGGUUUACUUCUACGUGCAAGUAAAGCAUGCAACACACUGCGGUGCGUGAAUAUUUGGCCCGAAAAGCGAGUGCAAAGUAACGCCUGGCCGGAGACGUGCGUAAAACCGGCGAAGCACCAGAAGCGUGAAGCUGGUUUUUGUAUCGCGUAUUGAUAGUAGUGGUAGAGAGUGGCUGCCUAUCUUCCCUGCCUGCCGUCGUGUGGUGGUGGUGUCGUCGCCCGUGUAAAAGAGCUUACACAGUCGCGUUAACUGAAGGAGAGAAGAAAGAUGGCCGAUGGUGUAGAGAUAGAUCUGUACGCCGACGAUUUAGACCAGGAGUAUGGACAAAAUAACGAUGAUUUCGGGGCCGAUAGUGGCGACCUGUACGACGAUGUAAUCGUACCUUCCGGUGACCGCAACAAUGCGGGCAGAGGGCCGUCUAUCGAUCGCGGCGAAGGAGUCGAUACGAAUGGGUCGUAUCACCAUCAUCCUGGCGCUUGGUCAAUCAGCCACAUUCCACGCCGUCAUCAGCUGUACGUGGGCAAUCUGCCCUGGUGGACGACGGACCAGGACAUAACGGAUUCGGUGGCGGACGUUGGCGUCAACGACUUCCAGGAGGUGAAGUUUUUCGAGAACCGGGCCAAUGGUCAGUCGAAGGGGUUUUGCGUGAUUUCGCUCGGUUCGGAGAACAGUUUGCGUCUGGUGAUGGACCGGCUACCGAAGAAAGAAUUGCACGGUCAGAAUCCGGUGGUGACGAUGCCCACCAAGCAAGCGCUUAAUCAGUUCGAGAGCCAACAAAAGACGCGACCAACGCCACCGGCCCCGGGACAAACAAACGGGCCACGGCCACCAGUGCCGGGCAUGCCGAUGGGUGGUCCAGGCGGUCCGGGCGGUCCCGGUGGCGGUGGACAUGGAGGGCCAGGUAUGGGAGGCCCGGGAGGACCGGGACCGGGCGGACCCGGUGGCCCAGGUGGCAUGGGAGGACCCGGUGGUCCGCAGCCGCGCAUGAUGAAUCCGAACAUGCCACCGGGAAUGCGUCCGCCGCAUCCACACAUGUCGGGGCCGAUGCACAUGCAAGGGCCACAUGGCGGACCGGGCGGUCCGCCAAGACCGCAGGGACCACCAAUGCAUCAAGGGAAUGGACCACCGCAGCAACCGCCCCGAUUCCAGAAUCAAAACCAAUGGAACGGUCCACCACGUAUGAACGGUCCGCGACCGGGCGGCCCGGGGGGUCCAGGCCCAAUGCAGCACAGGCCGCAAAUGUUCCAAGGACCUCCGAACGGUAUGCCACGCGGGCCACGUCCCGAAUGGAACAGGCCCCCGAUGCACGGUGGUUAUCCACCGGGGCAUCCGGGCGGCCCUGGGCAGGGACCACCGCACAUGCAGGGCGGUCCACAUGGUCCCCGUGCUCCGCAUCACGGCUCGAUGGGAGGUCCUCCAGGGCCACAAGGUCCCGCUCCGCACGUAAACCCUGCGUUCUUUAAUCAAGGCGGAGGGCCACCGAACCAUCCGAACGGCGGUGGCCCAGUAGGACCACCGCACGGACCCCAAGGACAAGGCGGAGGACCACCACAGCACUUCAACCCACAAGGUGGUGGAGCUCCACGCGGUGCACCCUGGCCCGUACAGGGCGGUAAGCCUCCCGGUGCACCGGGCGGCUUUCCGGAGCAUCCCAUCACACCGCAGCUGAGCGAAGCCGAGUUUGAAGAGAUUAUGACCAGAAACCGUACCGUUAGCAGUUCCGCCAUUGCAAGAGCCGUAUCGGAUGCCGCCGCUGGGGAAUAUUCGAGCGCAACGGAAACACUCGAGACUGCGAUCUCGCUCAUCAAACAGUCGAAGGUGGCCCAGGACGAACGGUGCAAAAUACUGAUCGUUUCACUGCAGGACACGCUGCAUGGCAUCGAGACAAAGAGCUACACCCGUCGGGAGCGGUCCCGGUCGCGCGAACGCUCGCACAGACGCCAGCGCCGAGAGCGGUCCACAUCACGCUACCGGGAAAGAUCGCGCGACCGCGAACGGGAUCGUGAACGUGAUCGGGAUCGCGAUCGUGAACGUGACGGCUCCCGUCGUUCCCGCCCUAGGAAAUCUCCCGAACCGGCCACCGAUAAUGCGACGGACAGCUCCUCCAAGCGCUACUACAAUGAGGAUCGCUACCGUUCGUCGGACCGCGAGCGGGAACGCGACCGUGAUCGGGAGCGCCGCGAAGAUCACCGGUCCCGGCAUUAAAAGCACCUGAGAAUGUGUGUGUGAUUGUGUCGUUGUUCCCUCCCACCUCCCCCCCCCUCCUUCUUUUGUUCACACGCUAUUUUUUUUUUCAAGUUUCAUGCAGCAAAUGCAUUUAAGGCCUUUAGUCGGUCUUUAGAGAAAGUUCUGUUUCGCCCUCACUCUCUCCACCCUCUCCCUCCCUUGCGGGGGAGGAAUGGAACUCAUGAUCGAUUGUAUCGAUUCCAGAGGUGUUAUCAUCUGCUGCAAAUGCUAUGUUGCUGGAAAAGUGUUUCACAAUUAUUUUUUUUGUUUUGAAAUGAAAAACAAUUCAAUUAUUAUUUUUACCGAUGUAUGGUUUUACCUUUCCGUCGGUGAAGUGCAAACGCGUGUAGCGCGAGAAGCCGAGUGAACUGUCCACAUAUUUUAAAUGGAUGGCUCGAAGAAGAACAAGAAUCUUUAUCCGUUUGCUGUGUUGUUUGUUUGAGUGGUGUGUCCAGUGAGAGGGAGGUGACGACGAAAGCAAGCAAGCACCCUUUUAAUUCCAAAUAAAUUGUAACGUCUAUUGUACGCGCGCGCGCGAAUACAAAAUGAGAUGCGAUGAGCACGCGGUGGUGGAAGAAUCGUCGGCAGACGCGCUGUUUGCUGCUGGCUGCGGACCUCCACCACUCACUAACUAGGAAAAUUAAGCGCCACGGGUGGUUCAGGUGGUUCAGCCAUUCGUUAUUGGCGCUCUAUCUGCUGACAAAGAUUUGUAGCGAGCGUGUGGAAACCCAACCAUACACCCUCUCGCUCCCAACACACGACCAACCACCAAUCAUACUCCGGCGUAUGCUCUGUUGCUCUGGUGAGUUCAUCGUCCAGCUUGCCGGUGUGUCCUGCUGCCGCACAACGACCGAUCCAGCCGACCGAAGAGUGGUGUUCUGCAGCAGCCAGCCCGGACAUGAUGGUCCCUACUGCUACGUCUCGCUACAGAUCCGCAAAGAAGAUUGUAACUCACAUGCCCCCCCCCCCUUUUUAAGUCAAUAAUUAUAAACGUAAUCAGAGAGAACAAAAAAAAAAAAAGAAACAAAAACCCAUUGUUCAAACUUUGUGUGUAUCGUGUUGUUGUAUUCUAUUCCCACCAUUUUAUUAUUAUACUUUAGAGAGCGAGUGAAGGAUAGAGGACGUAAACUAAUGUAUUUUGUACGAUAGCGAUCAACUGUUACUACUUUAAGCUGCAAGACUGUAUGUGGGACACGUGUAAAACCGGUAGCCUGCUCUUAUGGCAUAUACUUGGCGCGACUUAUUUAUGUACAAUGAUCUUAUACAAGCGAUCAGCUACGAUUUUUUGUUUUCUAUUAUUUGUAUGUAGUAGCCUUCGGCUUAACAGUUUUAAAUCUGUGAUAGAUGCACUCGCCGUGUGUGUUUGUGUGCACGAAACUACUUUUUACCACACCCCGCCAAGCGUGUGUGCAGUUAUUAUAGAUUGUAAUGCGCGAUGACUGUAAAUUUUUAUACACCGAUUAGACGAAUUUUGUAGCUUUUUUAUUAUAGGUUAAACAAACGCAAAAUGUAAAUCGAUAUGUUUAGAAUACUACCGAGCAUUAUUUGUGUGGCAAAACAGAACUGUUGUUUGCGCCACUUGCCAACUUGUCCACGUUGGACGAUGUAACGGACGAGGAUCGUAAUAAGGCGCAUUUUCUCUUGAGCCAGGCACAGUGUGUCCCAAGGAAUCUGCUUUUUUUGGUACUUGGCGGGGAAAAGCGGUGCUUCGAAUCGGAACCUAGAUUGUGUAAGAAACACACAUCGAAGCAAACUGUCAGCAAGAAAUGGUCCCUUAUUAGUACGGAAAGCUCUCUACCCCAGCGUAAUGUAUAGAGUCGCACCAGUA